GUACGGCAAAAAUGAAUUUCUUGCUGUGCUGCUUUUCGUGCAUUGCUACUAUUUUCCCCAAUGAUAUAAAUAAGUACUUUUGGUCUUUUAGAAAUCUCUUUUGAUUUUUUUUUAUUUCAUAACAAUGUCGCGCGAUUUUACUAUGGGUCCGUAGAGUGGUACACUGCAACGAUCAGCAAUGUCAACAAUAUAUUACUAUCGCAUCGGAUAGCAUGGUUUGCGGGCGAGUCAUAGGCACCCAGAGUGUUUGCGCGGUAAAGAUUAAUUUUUUAAAAUUAUUUGAAAGUUUGUUACAAUCACUGCGCAUUCAUGAUAAAUUCUUUUAGGGUGACUCUGGCAGACUACUCAUCGCAAAAGGCAUCCAGAUGGGCGUUACAUCGGCAAGUUACGGUCAGUGCGUUCCCGGUGGAUUACCCAAUCUGUUUACUAAACUUUCCAGCUACAAGCCUUGGAUUCAACGGCAACUCUCCACUUAUGGCGAUGUGCUUUCAUUUGGUUAAGAAUCGUCCGCAGUAACUUUUUCACUCAUUGAAUUUAUCUUGAAAUAUAUGCAGGAUAAUAAAUCUAGUAUUUUCCUCACGCCCGAAUCAUCGCCUGGAUAUCUGCGCAAUCUUUUGACGAACGUCGAUAGGAAACAAUCAGAGAAAUUGUAUCAUAGUUUCGAAAGUGCUUUUUUAUUGAACGGCCUUGCAACUUUUCUAUCCUAGUAUUCGAUCGUCACUUUUAAUUUGAGAUUGUUAACUCACGAUCGUUAAAUUUUUUAAUUGAAGCGUACGACGUUGAGGAAUUUUACGUAAGGCCAAUGUUUACUGUUCUCCGGUAUAAAUGGUUGAAGCUUGACUCGCGUGACUUCAGUACGACAGAAAUGAUUUUCCUGUUAUGUUGCAUCGGUUCCAUCGCUCUUGUCAACGGACAAGGGAAAUCGCUCAGCAGAAGAAUUAUUGACGGGAACGUAGCACAACCGAGCCAAUUUCCUUACGUUGCCCGAUUGUUUUAUAAGAAAAUACCCGAAUGCAGUGCAACGAUAAUUCACGAGCGCUGGGCUCUUACAGCCGGUCACUGCAUUAAACAUAACAGAUCAGAUCCAACAAUACUCGUUGGUUCUGUUAAUUAUCAGUCUGACAAAAAUGGAGCAUAUUACAACGCGGAAAGGCUAAUCCAGCAUGAGCAGUAUGUUUACAUACCAGGAAGACAAAACAACGGUAAAGAGUAUGUAGUGAAUGACAUCGGACUCGUACGCCUCAAUAGGCCCGUUGCAUUUACAGCAAACGUGCAAAAGAUUCGAGUACCAAACUAUGUAGAAAAUUACGCUAAUGCCAUUGGUAAAAUAGUAGGAUUUGGCUUACGAACCGCGGGCGUCUUGAAUAAUCAACUGCAUUACGGCACAGUACGCUUGAUUACCAACGAGGAAUGUCGCGCAUUUUAUCCUUACGUGAUGGAUAAACACCUCUGCGCAGCAAUCGUUGGCAGGAACAGCCCAUGCAGUGGUGAUUCUGGUGGGCCACUGAUCGUGAAAGGCAACGAGAUAGGCAUUACAUCAACGAUCGCUGACGAGAAUAUUUGCAAUCCAAAUGCAGGUCCCAGCUUGUUUACCAAAGUUGAUCGAUUCAAGCCUUGGAUACAGCAGCAUCUGGCUGCUUACGGCGAGUGGUUACCAUAACUUCUCGAAUGGAUUUUCCGUUCGACUUAUUCCGAAGUGUAUACCCUCAUAUUUUCAGUUUCAUACAUGCCAUUGAAUAAUCUCCAAAUAAAGUUCACAUUAUUAUUUA